UAAUUUUCGUCCCAAUGAUUCAUCAAUAUUUUGUCCUUGCAUUUCCUUUAUCACUCAACAGUACACACUCAAGAUAAUUCAAAGAACGAGGAGAAGGCACCAUCCAGAAUAUUCGAAUUCUGUCUUUGUUUCUUGGGAACACACCUGGUCGCAAUGGCUGCCGCACUGAGUUCGAUGAAAAUUUUAAGGCUGGGUCAAAAGUGCUCAAACGCCGAACCGUAUUCGUACCCACUCCAAGGGAGGAUUCAUUUCAGGAUCCUUCAAGGCAACACGAAGUGCGAACCGGAAGAUCCUCGAAAGAUUGGAUCAGGUCUGCACAAAUGAUGAUAUUCUAUACUUACAACCUACUACUUGAGCUACAUGAAUUUGUAAAAAGCCCGGAACCGGAGGUCUCCGACGUGAACUUGGAUCUCGGACCACAGGGGAUAUUUAUGCAUCGCAUGCAUCUGCUGUUAAGUCGCGGAGGUAGCGGAGGAGGCUUACCUGUGAAUAAGGAGGAUUUCCAGCCCUAUACAAAGAUCCUAACACAGCUUCCCUUUGACUAUAAAAAACCACCGUCUGAGAGAAUACGUCCCUCCAAUUCGCCACUUCAAUUGGUGCAAUUCUUUCUCAUACACGAACAGAAUCGCCGACCUUUUCGAUGCUUCAAGGAAGAAGACACUGUCGGGCGCGAUGAAUCCUGGACCUUCGUCUUAAAAAAUACAGUCGGGGGCCUAUGGGGACUUCAAGCAACAAUGGAACCUAACGGAACUUGGGUCUAUGCAGGAGAAGAGAAGAGAAACUAUGUACACAUUAAGCAAGACAUCACCUUCUAUGCGAUACUCUUAGGCUCGUUGAAAGCGACACCGGAUACAGUCAAAACCGUUCUUACACGGCUCAGACAGGUUCCUGCAGAUGUCAAUUUGCUAUAUUUCGCGAAUCUGUAUGAAGCGGCGGAGGAAAUGGUGAAGUCUCCAGAGUUUUCGAACCUCAACUAGAUUGGACAAAAAUUCUUCCCUAAAUGGAAGAGAUGUUGAUCAAGGGUGGUAGCGCAGAAUGUUUUGCAGUCACAGAGACAGAGAAGUUGCGGUACAAGGAGGUGUUGAAGCAAUAUCGAUCCAAGGAUACACCCCGAACAGCACCACCCUAGGACACCGCAGCUACAAUCUUCUGGAACUCC